UUCCUUUUUGAAUUCAGAUCGAACAGCAGGCAGACAUGCCCUAUGGAUUACAAUGCAUCAGCUGUCAACACACAAAAGUAGCCCUGUUUUGAAAACUGCAUGGACCAUGUUUUACGUUUAGAUUAAGAUCAGCAGAUUUUGUUGAUUUUGAAAGGGGAACGUUCAAGAUAAAAUUGGGGGGACUGAACUCCAGCCUUGCUUGUAACAACGGUAGCUGGCUAAUUAGCUUGGGACCAGGCUACAUUCGCCUGUAUCUUGCUAAACUGGUCGAUCACCCAGUUUAGCACAGGUACAAUCAUACUUCGGUUAUUGAUUAUCUGCCGAUAACGAAAACGUUUGGACAGUUUGGUGCCUCUGUUGCUUCCUGUCAUGGCUGACAGCAGCAUAGUGACUUCUGGGAUGGCAAGGAGCAUUCUGGUCGAUUCGUCGGUCUAUGACUCAAGGAUGGCUGAAACCACAAAGGACCAUGGCUUUCUGGGUCCUGCAAUGGAUGACGCCGAAGACAUGCUGCCAAGGUUGGAGACCAGGAUAAUUCUUGUGGGAGAGGCCUCCAGAAAUGAUCUUCUGAUCCAAGCUCUGAAGGCCGUCAAGGUAAUGGAAGUCCUGGUUGUAAAGAUAAGAGGAGCUGAGUCUGGUCCCGAGGAGAAAUUGAUGAUAAAAUCUAUAGUCAAUAUGGACAUUAACAAACCGUGCCUAAUGACGGACAGCGUCCAGGAGUUUGCAGACGGGGAGAACGCAGAGUUUGAGUCUGUGUACGUCCUCGCCAGUUUCGACUCACCCGACUACAGCUACCUCUAUGAGCGUGAUAACCGGAUCGUGGGGCCCCCUGUGAUUCUACACUGCGCCGCCAAGGAAGAGCCGCUGCCGUUCUCCUGCCGCCCGCUCUACAGCACCACCAUGAUCAAUCUGUCCCUGUGCUUCACCGGCUUCCGGGACAAAGAGGAGGUGAAGACCCUGGUCAACCUGGUCCAUCACAUGGGCGGAACCAUCCGCAAAGACUUCAGCACCAAGGUCACUCACCUCAUCGCCUACUCGACGCACGGGGAGAAAUACAAGUUGGCAGUAUGCAUGGGGACUCCCAUCCUCACCCCGUCCUGGAUACGCAAGGCCUGGGACAGCAGGGACUAUGUGUCUUUCCAAGCCGACGACGAGAAGUUCCGUACAGAUUUCAAAGUGCCCCCGUUCCAGGACUGUGUCCUCAGCUUCCUGGGCUUCUCUGAGGAGGAUAAGGCCAACAUGGAGGAGAGGACCCUCAAACAUGGGGGCACCUCCCUGGAGCUGGGGGACGAACGGUGCACACACAUGGUGGUGGAGGAGAACUCUGUGAAGGAGCUGCCCUUCACGCCCACUAAGAAACUCUAUGUUGUCAAGCAGGAGUGGUUCUGGGGAAGCAUUCAGAUGGAUGCGCGAGCAGGAGAGUCCAUGUACUUCUAUGAGAAGGAUGAGAGCCCGGCCAUGAAGAAGGCGGAGUCCCUCCUCUCCCUCAACACGCCCAACAGCAACCGCAAGCGGCGGCGGCUGCGGGACACGCUGGCCCAGCUCACCAAGCAGACGGAGAUCUCGCCCUUCCCGCCGCCCCGCAAGAGGCCCUCGGCCGAGCACUCCAUGGGCUCCCUGCUGGACAUCUCCAACACCCCCGACAACUGCAAAACUCUUGCAGAGAGUUCCAAGCCCAACAAGAGUUCAACACCGAUGCUGACCAAACAGUCUGCUCGGUGGCAGGUCACUAAGGAGCUCCAUCAGACCGAGAGCAACUACGUGGACAUCUUGAAUACCAUACUAAAGCUCUUCAAGAUCCCGCUGGAGAAGGAAGGGCAGGUAGGGGGCCCGAUUCUGGCCCAGGAGGAAAUAAAGACCAUAUUUGGAAGUAUCCCCGACAUUUAUGACGUUCACAGAAAGAUCAAGGCUGACCUUGAGGAGUUAUUGAAUGACUGGUCAGAGGACAAGAGCGUAGGAAACAUCAUCCUCAAAUAUUCCAAAGAGAUGCUCAAGACCUACCCGUCCUUCGUCAACUUCUUUGAAAUGAGCAAAGACACCAUCGUCAAGUGUGAGAAGCUGAAGCCACGUUUUCACGCAUUCCUCAAGAUCAAUCAGUCCAAGCCAGAGUGUGGGAGACAGACUCUUGUCGAGCUUCUCAUUAGGCCAGUGCAGAGGCUGCCCAGUGUUGGCCUUCUGCUCAAUGACAUAAAGAAGCACACCUCGGAUGACAACCCCGACAAGAGAACCCUGGAGAGAGCCAUAGAGGCUCUGAAAGAAGUCAUGACUCACAUCAAUGAGGACAAGCGGAAAACAGAGGGCCAGAAGCAGAUCUUUGACGUGGUGUAUGAAGUCGAUGGCUGCCCUGCCAACCUGCUGUCGUCCCACCGCAGCCUGGUGCACCGCGUGGAGACAAUCGCCCUGGGAGACCAGCCCUGCGACCGCGGAGAGCAGGUCACACUCUUCCUCUUCAACGACUGCCUUGAGAUUGCCAGGAAGCGUCACAAGGUGAUCAGCACAUUUAAGAGUCCUGUGGGACAGACCAGGCCGCCAGCCCAGCUUAAGCACAUUAUGUUGAUGCCACUGUCCCAGAUCCGCAAAGUGCUGGACCUACAGGACACUGAGGAGUGUGUUAACGCCUUCGCCCUGGUGGUACAUCCGCCCACUGAGCAGGAGAACCUGCUGUUCAGCUUCCAGCUGACGGGAGAGGAGACGGUGAAGAGCGACUGGCUUCGCACCCUCUGCCGACACGUCGCCAACACAAUCUGCAGGGCCGACUCGGACGACCUGAUCCAGAGAACUAGUCCCGAGCCCCUCCAGGUCAGCACCAAGGACAUGGACAGCACCUUGAGCAAGGCCUCCCGAGCCAUCAAGAAGACCUCCAAGAAGGUCACGCGGGUGUUCUCCUUCAACAAGACGCCCAAGCGUGUCAUCCAGAGGGCCUUCAUGGCCAACGGCACGACGGAGGAGAUGAGCCCCAGGCUGAGCGCCGAGAGCCGCUUCGCCAGCAGUUCCACCCUGGCCAUGUCCCGCUCGGCCUCUACCUUCAGCUUGAGCGAUUCGGCCAAGAACAGCGCCAUUGUGCAGCGCUCAAACUCUCUGGACCACCCGCCCCUCAGAUCCAGGGUGUCUAUCUGCGUACGCGACCCAUGCAGCCCUGCUCCGAACCCUCCUCCGUCCGCCACUAGCACUAGCGCCCGGCCGAGCCCCCAGGCGGCCACAGGCACGGGGGCUCUCGCCAGCAGUCAGAGCCCUGGGCUCCCAUCUAGCCGGGUCAGCCUGCUCCUCAAACCGGCCCCCCAGGCUCCCCGGACACAGUCCAACCCUAGAUUCCCCGAGGCCGCAUCAGGCCAUCGCUCCCCGAGCUCCAGUCCCCGGAGCCGUGUCCCCGCCAGCCUCCGAGCCCCCCACCUCAACCUAAAGCCCACCGACACGGCCCGGAGGAGCGUGCGGCAGGCCCCCCCCGCGGUGUAUCAGGCCAGGGUCUCCAUUCUGGUGCCCCACCUGACGUCGUACGCCCGAGGCGGGAACCCUUCCGGCGGGUCGGGGCGGGACGCUCCCCCCGCGGAUCCACGGAAGCCGGGCCCGACCGGUCCGCGCAGGGAAACCCUGCUGUAGAGCGCCGGCAGUCGGACGCCCGUCAUUCGCCCUCUAUGGUCAGCCUGCAUUCCGUGUUCGAGCGAAAGUACCACACCUUCAGCCGAUCCACCACCCACCUCAUCUGAACAUCUACCACAAUCCCCAACAAUAAUAUAUAUAUUCUUGGUCCAUAGUGAACAAACCGUAAUGCCAGCAUGGUUCAAAUGUGAUGCUUUGGUCAUAUCAGCGUUUGUCUGGGCCGUCCCACCAGUCUUGUGGCGUCUAAUAGGUUCUAUAUUAGAUCUUAUCAAGUUCAACCCCAUCAUGCUGUUUCUAUGUGUGUUUCUAAAUGUAUUUCCUUUAUUCCGUUGACUUUACCUAAUGGCUUCUGAACGUGGAGGAUGCUUGCUCCAUCCAACAGCAUGGCCUGUGACCCAAAUGUCAGGUUCUCCAAUGGUAUUGCACAGUGUUAGGGGCCCGCUUUGGAUGAACGCAGGCACUACCGGGGUUUAAUCUACCAUUUUGAUCAAUGAAGGAUAUCAGGCUCUUAUUUUUUUAUUUUAUUUCGGUAUUAGUUGCAUAGCUUGUUGGAAACAGUCUUUUGAAAUAUCUAUAUUCACUGAACAUUUUAUCCUUAGCAACGUAGAUACAGUUCACCUAACAGCGAUAAUUUGAACAAUUAUUAACAAUUUGAGUGUUGUGUUUCGUGAAGGUUCCUACUUUGCCUCCAGCUUUCAUAAAGCUGGCUUUAUGUUUUUAGCUUUGUUGACUCAGCGGAUCAAGUCGAACUGUUGUUAGCCUUCUGCUUUUAACAUUUUUGGUCUUUUCCUUUUCUUAUGUUUGGUCAGAGGAAGGGAUGCUGCAUCAAGUAUAUAUUUAGUGUUGCAGAUUUAAUGUUCUCCUCGUUUCUAUGUUUUCAGUCAUCCGUUUGUUUUUCUACUUCAUGUUGUUUGUUACUUUUGUGGUAUAUAUUGUCUAAUUUGGGGUUUUAAUUGUCUAUUUUCCUUGACUGUUAUAUAUUUAAUGCACUUCCACAUUGGAGAUUGAAGUUUACUCAUUAUACUGCCUCUUGAGUUUCCACUGAGAUUUAGAUUAUUUCCGAUAUACAAUGGGAAACGGGACUAAUUCACAUUUUCAGUCCGUACAGAACACUGACGUUGUUAUGCCAAGUCUGUAAUGUUAUGGUUGAAAAUGCUUUUACUUCAAUAAAAGUCCAUUUCAUACAAUCUUUA